UGUGAUUAUAUAGAUGCCAUGCAAUGCAAGUUUGGGCUAUCUCUACCAAAUUUGUCAUGUAAAAUACCUACUAACCAAACUCUUUCUAUCAAAUAUAUAUAAAACGAUAUGGAUGGUUCAUGUAAGCAUUGUUUAAAGUGGAUGUGGGUAGCUUGCUUCUAUUUUGAGUUUAUGCUUGUGUCAGCCGAGUUUCAGCGAUUCCAACACCCUGUGAAAGCCGAUGGGUCACUUAGCUUUCUGGUGAUAGGAGACUGGGGAAGAAAAGGAGCUUAUAAUCAAUCCCAAGUGGCCCUUCAGAUGGGGAAGGUUGGCGAGAAACUAGCCAUAGAUUUUGUGAUCUCAACUGGAGACAAUUUUUACGAGAAGGGGUUGGCUACCCCCUAUGACCCUCAUUUCAAACACUCGUUUACCAAUAUCUACAGUGCCAACAGCUUGCAAAAGCAAUGGUAUAGUGUUUUGGGCAACCACGAUUACAGGGGAGAUGUGCAGGCGCAGUUGAGCCCCAUUCUGAGGAAGAUCGAUAGCAGAUGGCUUUGCCUGCGGUCUUUCCUCGUUAACACAGAAAUAGCGGAAUUAUUCUUCAUAGACACGACCCCGUUUGUUGAUGAGUACUUCAGAAACCCAAAGCACCAAAAGUUUGACUGGAGAGGGGUGAUUCCUAGGAAUAAAUACCUCACCCGGGUUUUGAAGGAAUUGAGAUGCGCACUGAGGGAAUCAGUUGGUAAGUGGAAGAUAGUGAUCGGGCAUCAUCCCAUCAGAAGCAUCGGGCACCAUGGUCAAACCAAGGAGCUCAUCACCCUCCUUCUACCUAUACUUGAGGCAUACAAUGUAGAUAUGUACAUAAACGGGCAUGAUCAUUGCUUGCAACACUUGAGUAGCAUCACAAGCCCGCUCCAGUUUUUCACCAGUGGAGGUGGUUCGAAGGCAUGGAAAGGUGAUUUUGAUUAUUUAGACGGUGGGGGAGAUGAUGAAAUCAAAUUUUAUUACGACGGACAAGGAUUCAUGUCUGUUGAGCUUACUCCCACUAAUGCUAAGAUUGCCUUCUAUGAUGUUUCCGGCAAUGUUCUGCAUAGCUUCAAUUCCAACCAACUCUACUACACUUACAGUACUGAAAUGUAGGAAAUAAUAGAAUAAUGAUGGAUGAAAUGAAUCAAUCGAGUUUUAGAUCA